GUGAGGAAGGAGGGAUCUGAAGGGCACGAGUGUGAAUUAAUUAGAAGCUGAGCAGGCUUUGCCGCUAAUUGCUCCUUCGUUUCCCUCCAUGUGAAUGAGCCACAUCGUAAUGGGCUGUAAGUCGAACCCGAUGGCGUGGCGCCAGCACCAGAACUCGGGGUUGAAGACGAUGGAAUCGGUGUCGGUGUUGGAGCGACUAGCCGUGACCACAGGAGGGACGGAGCGCUCCUGGUAUCGCUGUAUCUUCCCUUUCGGACUGGUGUCUCUGGUGGUGGGGAUCGCGGUAACCAGCAUCACCUUCUCGGUCAGGGAGAGGCGGAUGGACACCGCUAAACUGGUCUCACUAUCGGUACUUGGGUUCAGUUUGAUCCUAAUCUCGUCCGCUUUCGGCUGCUGGAAGGUGCACCGGGACAGAAGGGAGCGGCGGGAGGUCAGUUCUCCAGCCGGGGAGAGCAUCUUGUGAGACUGAUGCAACCCGGACAGAUA